AUGGUGGCCGAAUCUAGCGCUGUCCCUGCGCGACUCCAGAGAGUCGAUUCGCAACCUGAGAACCCCUACUCUCGUCUGAUCGAGGACCAGUCCAUUGCGGUCAUUCCGUCGUUCAAACUCGAGUCCGGCGUUACUCUGUACAAUGUCCCGGUCGCCUACACAACCCGGGGCACUCUUUCGCCCGAGGGAGACAACGCCUUGGUCAUUUGUCAUGCCCUGAGUGGAAGCGCCGACGUCGCAGACUGGUGGGGACCUCUGUUGGGUGGGCCCGGGCAGGCAUUUGAUCUGUCCCGGUUCUUUAUGAUUUGCCUGAACAGCUUGGGAAGCCCCUACGGCAGUGCCAGUGCCGUUACCUACAAAGACGGCAAGCCUGAAAAUGGCUACUACGGCCCUGAGUUCCCCCUCACCACCGUUCGUGACGACGUGAACAUUCACAAGCUGGUUCUUGAUGACCUCGGUGUGAAGCAGAUUGCUGCUGUUGUUGGAGGCUCCAUGGGCGGCAUGCUCACCCUCGAGUACUCGUUCUUCGGCAAGGACUAUGUCCGAGCCAUUGUGCCCAUUGCCACGUCGGCCCGUCAUUCUGCAUGGUGUAUCAGCUGGGGUGAGGCUCAACGUCAGAGCAUCUACAGUGACCCUAAGUAUGAUGACGGUUACUACCCCUUCAACGACCCUCCUGCCACUGGUCUUGGAGCUGCUCGCAUGUCGGCGCUUCUCACCUACCGCAGUCGCAAUUCUUUCGAGUCGCGAUUCGGCCGCAAUGUGCCGGACCCUACUCGCCAGCAGAAUAUCAAUGGCACCGAAAAACUUCCCACUCCUCCGAAUGAACACUGGGCUAUUCACAAUGACGGACACCGUGGUGGUCUGUCCUCGCGGUCCGAGAGCCGCCAGAACUCGCCGGCUCCGCAGUCUGAAGUUCAAUAUAUGGACCCCCAGUUCUCGGGCACCAAGACUUUUAGUGCCCCCGUUCCUACUAAGACCGAUGCUGCUGGUCGCCCGCGGCCUCCCACCUACUUCUCGGCCCAGUCCUACCUCCGCUACCAGGGCGAGAAGUUCGUUCAACGCUUCGAUGCCAAUUGUUAUAUCGCCAUGACCCGCAAGCUUGACACUCAUGAUGUGUCCCGCCACCGGGGUAACCCUGACGCGGCCGAUCCUGUUCUCGAUGCUCUUUCCCGCGUGGAGCAGCCCGCCUUGGUUCUGGGAAUUGAGUCGGAUGGUCUCUUCACCUUUGCGGAGCAGCAAGAAAUUGCCGCGGGCAUUCCCGACUCGCGACUGAAGCGCAUUGACAGUCCCGAGGGCCACGACGCCUUCCUCCUGCAGUUCGAGCAGGUCAACCGCCACAUCGUGGACUUCUUCCAUGAGGUGUUGCCCGAUAUCAUGGCUCGGUCCGGCGACAAGGCUGCUGUUUCCAGCGUUGGCAAGCUGACCAAGAGCAGUACCUUCGGCGAGGCCGAGGUAGAGGACAUUACCGCGUGGUAA